AUGUACGCGCGCGCACACGCGAGAGCCGUUAUUGCGCUGCCACGCGGCCAGGCGGGGAUCUUGCCAUCCAGACAGGAGCUGGACGCAGGGCGCGGCCUGGCGAACACGAAUACGGUGUACGAUGGCGAGCACGAAGGAGCGGCGCCCCUGCCGCUUGUGCCUUCUUUCUUGGCGCCAGUACCGCACCACACCGACGACGAUAACGAUAUUGAUAUCGAUCCGCCACAACCGCGCGAAGGAUCUUCACCCCCGACGCCCUCCCACGCCUCCUCCUCCUCGCACCAGACGACGCCGCUGCUCCCGCCGCGCACCACCGCGCGCGUCUGGAUCGAGAUCGACUUGCAGACCCUGAACGCCCUGUUCUGCGUCACGGGGUUCGGGAAGGAUCUGUGGUGCGGGAUCUGUGGUGGUGGGCUGUGA